GACCCGUUACUAGGUGGGGUUUAUCAUGGGUAUAAAUAAACUCUCUCUAUCCCUACAACGCCCCUGGAAACUCAGUCAAACAAACUUCUUCCCACUAAGGCCUCGCGACAGACAGACUCCAGCAGUCCCACCAUGUCUUUCAUCCAAGCCUUCUUGCAGCAGACCGUCUAUCUGGGCAUGCCCGAUGACUCAGUCCUAAAGAAUGAGGGAACAGUGACGGCAGCACCCAAUUUCAGCCCCAACGGAGAUGCAGCAGUCUUGGAUAAGGCCAUCAAGACAAAAGGUGUGGAUGAGAACACCAUCAUUGAAAUUCUGGUGAAAAGGAGCAAUGAGCAGAGACAGCAGAUCAAAGAGGCUUACCACCAGGCCAGUGGCAAGCCUCUGGAAUCAGCACUGAAGAGCGCUCUGAAGGGAGAUCUGGAGGACGUGGUGCUGGCUCUGCUCAAAACACCUUCCCAGUACGAUGCCCAGCUGCUGAAACUGGCUAUGAAGGGUCUGGGCACAGACGAGAACACCCUGAUUGAGAUUUUGGCGUCCCGGACCAACAGAGAGAUCCUGGAUAUAAAGAAAACCUACAAAGAGGAAUACAAGAAGGACCUGGAGGACGACAUCAAGUCUGACACCAGCGGAGACUUCAGGGCUGCCCUCCUUGCACUCUGCAAGGCCAGCAGGACUGAAGGAGUCUCUGAGCAGCUGAUUGACAGUGAUGCCAGGGCUCUGUACGAGGCCGGUGAGGGGAGGAAGGGCAAAGACUGCUCUGCCUUCAUUGAAAUCCUCACCACCAGGAGUGCCCCUCAUCUUCGUAAAGUCUUUGACAGGUACGCAAAAUACAGCAAAGUGGACGUGGCCCAAGCUAUCGACCUGGAGAUGAAAGGAGAUAUUGAGAGUUGUCUCACUGCAGUAGUGAAGUGUGCUGGAAGUAGGCCCGCGUUCUUUGCUGAGAAGCUCUACUUGGCCAUGAAGGGUAAAGGUACCCGCAAGAAUAUCCUGACCCGCAUUAUGGUGAGCCGCUCUGAAAUCGACAUGAAACGGAUCAAGGAUGAGUACAAGAAAAACUACGGCAAAGCGCUCUACCAGGAUAUUCUGGAUGACACUAAAGGAGACUACGAGAAGAUUCUGCUGGCUCUGUGUGGGGGUGAAAACUAAGAGCAAAUCAAUUGCAUCAAAGCUCAUAUGACCAAAGAUCCAAUACCAUGUAGAGCUGUGGAAAAUGACCUGUAAUGUCUUGACACAUAUUGUGCCCUAUGUUCUUGUGAAGACCUGACAAGACAAGUCUUUUCUCUUUGAGACUGUCAUGACAUAUAGGAGAUAUUAACAGCAAUGAGCUUAACAUGGAACGAGCACUGCUUCAGCAGAUAUUUUCUAUCCUUUUCUUGCAGCACUCUUAUCCCUGCAGUUUUCUAGUGGACAUGUGAUCUUUAUCCUUACUCUCAUUAGAUUCUCAUAUCUGUUGCUUGAAAGGAAGCUAUAGUCAGUAAUCACCUUGUAGCUCCAAACAGACACUAUGCAGUUCAUGAAGGACACAUACUGCCAUGUGCCAAUAAUGUUAGUUGCAGAAGUAACGCUGAAGGAGCUCGGAUAUUCUGCAAAUAAAAGCUUUUUGUAUGAAG